AGAUUUAGAUUCUAUCUAGAUCUAGAUAUCUAGUUAGAUUGGAACAUUAGCACUAGAAUCUAGACGCUCUAUCACAUUACCAUUUCUGGACUCUAGAUUUAGAUCUAGAUCUAGAGUCUAGAUAUAAUUAUAAUAGGCCUAUUAAAUUACUAUUAGUCUACUAUUAUUAGGCCUAAGGCCUAAAAUUAUUAAUAUUUUUCUCUCUUGUGUCAAAUUUUAAAUAACCAUUUCAUUAGAUCUAGAUCUAGUAAUGGUCCAUUACCAUAACUUAACUUUAAAACUUUGGCUUUGGCCAUAGAUACUAGAUUCUAGACUAGAUCUAGAUAGAAUUAGAUAGACUCUAGUUACUCUAGUAAUACUAGAUCUACUAUAUAGAUCUAGAUCUAAUACUAUGUAUAAUAUGACUACUAAACUAAUCUAUACUAAAAUACUGGAUCGAAAUAGAUCUAGAGUCUAGUAAUAUUACUAAAAAAUAGUCAGUUAGACUAAUGAAUAUCUAGCUUCUAGAUCUUUAGUUAAUCGGUAAUCUAUCGUUUUAGGUAUGUAAAAUUGGCCGAGACUAGUAGUGUGAAAAAAAGGUGGCUCAUUAAAUUUUAGACAUUAUUUCACAUUUUUAGGAGGAUUUAUUCAUUUAUGCUUUCAAAAUUACAAAAAUGGGUAAAAUCGUGAUAUCGCGUUGGAAAUUAUUUGGUAAUGUUUGUUGAGUUUAGGUAACAUUCUUUAAUGUAAACCAUAGUUUAUUUGACUGUUUAAAUAAAAAUGGAGUCAAGUGCAUUAAAUUAAUGUUUUAAAUAAUUUAAAGUUUAAUUGUUUGUGUGUGUCUGAGUUGGUGAAAAUUUCAUAUAUAAGUAUUAUAUCAAAAUCGUAGAUCCGUAUCAACUUUUGAGCGAUUUCCGAUAACCGGAAGCAGAACUUUUUCACUUUCAAUUUUUCAAAUGCCUAUAACUUGAGUACUAUUUCAGAUAGAUAAAUGUAAUUUCACAUGUAAGUAAAAGAUCUAAUUCUCUGUCUUCUAUCAAAUUUUGAGUAAUUUCCGUUGACCAGAAGUAGUAAUUUACCCUAUUUCUGAUUUCUCAAAAGAACGCAUGUGAAUUUAUAAAGUACUAAUAAUAUUCUGCACUAUUAUGCACAUUUUAUUUGACGUUCACUUGGUGUGCAAUUCUUUUUUCUACAAGAUUUUAUUCUAUUUUAAAAAGUUUAAGUAUUUAAAAUGGAUUAAAAAUCAUGUCUAUAUCCUGAGUUGCCAUCCCCUGUUGUUGAUAUAAGAAUAUAUGAGAAAGUGUAGAGGAGAUCGCUCCCGGUUUAUUUUGGUAAAAUUAUUGUUAGAGAUUCAGGGGAAACCACUCUAACUUACAGAUGGCCACUGUUUAUAUAGCAAAUCUUGCCCGCAAACACUGCUGUUUUAAGUUAAUUUCUGGCCUAUAUUGAUAUAUUUAGCCGUUGAUUUUGGUUUAUCAUUCAUUUAUCUCUAGUAUUUGACACAAAUAUAUUGCAAUAUACUUCUAUUAAAGCCUUAAUAAUGAGGCAACUUUUUUGCAUCUAUACUUGCCUCAGCCAAUUUUACGCACCUAAAACGAUAGAUUACAGAAUAAUCUAAUACUAAUAGUAUUAAAGGCUAAUGCCACUAAUUUCACUAAUAGAAUAGUAGGCCCUAAUACUUAAUAAGUUUAAAUAAUUGGUAAUCUAUCAUUAAAUUUGAGUGAUUCUUUCACAUUUUUAGAAAGAUUUAGAAUCUAGAUCUAUGUUUUGAAAGUUACAAAUAUGUUUCACAGUUCCAUUUAUGUACCUGUUUUUAAACAAUAGAUAGUAUUAAAACUUUUCAGUAGACCUAACAAAUCUAUAUGUAUAUCAUUCUCUUCAUGGGGACCAUGCAGGACGUAUAUUAUACUCCCCCGCUCUCCAGGCAAAUCGCUACCAACCCCACCAAUCUGGUGAACAAAUGUUUACAAUCGUAGAGCCGGGUUAGUGGUGUUAGUGACGGCUAUUAGGGGCAGAUAAUUUAGAAACGAUUUGAAACAAAGGGGAGAUGGUAGCUGUUUAUAUAGCAAAUCUUACUAGCAAACAAGGCUGUUGAAGGUUAAUUUCUGGCCUAUAAACUAUACUAUAUUGAUAUAUUUAGACAUUGCUUUUGGUUUAUUAUUCAAUAAUCUGUUAUAUUUGACACAAGUAUAUAACAAUGUUAUAUACUUGCACAUUACUAGCCUCUGCCGAUUUUAUGUACCUAAAACGAUAGAUUACCAAAAAAUUACUAUAGAUGAUAGUAGGGCCUAUACAAUACACUGUAACACUAACAGUCAUAUACACUGUCUAUCUCUAUCUAUACUCUAUAUAGUCUCCAUACCAUAGUCUAUAGGAUUGGCCCUACUCUAUACUAAUUUAAUAUUCUUAGACCUACAGUGAGUUCAUUGUAUGUAGAGUAGAAGAGUGUAUAUAUUUUUUAUUGUAUGAAUAAAUAAAGAAAAAGUAGUAGGCAUAGAUCUAGGUAGACUAGUACUAAAACUAAAAUACUAAAAUAGGCCUAUAGUAUAGUAAAAGUAUCAUUAGGCUAUAGGCGUAAAUACUAUAAUUCUGUCUAGAUCUAGUAGGCCUAAUAUUAUAUUAUAUAGAUGUAGCAUAAUGUAGUUAGUAUUAUUUAAUAUUUAUGUAGUAGUUACUCUAGCUAGGUGUUACAAAAUAAAUUACCAGCAGCAUUUCGAUGCCAUGAUUAGUGGCUCUUCAUCAGAAUUAAUCAUUAGAUCUAAUUUAUUAAGUAACAUUAAUGAACAUGAAAUUAAAGAAGGCAAAAGUAUGCUAGUAGAUGGUGAAUUUGACAAUGACAAUACAGUUAGUGAAGAAUUAUCCAGAUUCAGUUCUCCCUCUCACAGUCAAAGCUCUUCAUGCACUAGCAUUACAAACCCUUUUUAUGAUGGACCACCUAAUUUAAAUGAAGGAACUAACUCUCAUUUAUCCUACAUCACUAAUGCUGCAACUACUGACAAAAUGGCACAUGGAAAUAAAAAACCUACUGGUUCUACAUCCCAUGACAAAAUAAAUGCAGGUGAAGGGACAUCAACAACAGUGCAAAGUUCACAUACUAAUAGAGUGAAACCUGUAGAAUCUGAGGAGAAAGUUUUACAAAGAGUUAUUAUAACCUGGGACUUAAGCUAUUUAGUGACAUGUCAAGGUUUCAUACAAUUUGUACAAUUGGUGAUGACCAUGACAGCUCUGGUUUGCCUGGUCAGUGCAGGAGAAAAAGAUGGUGGACUUCUAAACCUGCCUCUCAGCUGGCACUUCAGAAUUAUGAUAUUUGUGCUUGUCCUUACUCUGCUUGUCACUGUUGCAUUGCUCUUUGGAAACAUCACAUCUCUCGUUGCCAUAUUUGGGUUUGAAUGGACUUUUUUUGAUAUGAUUGUUUACUCCUUAUUUGCCUUCCUCUACCUGGUUGGAUCUUCACUUGUUGCAAGUGCAUUUGAUUUUUAUGAGAAAAUGAAAACAGACGUUUCUAAAGAAACCAUCAGCCAGCUGGUCACAUCAGUGAUUCUGGGCUACUUGUGUAUGCUGCUACAUGGUCUUACAGCAUUUAUCAGCUACAGGAAAUGGAAAAUUCAAUAUCGAUUAUAUCAACGCCGAAAACUUAUUGAAGAGGACGAAAUUGAUUUGUGAGCAAUUUGUUGAGCACUUGGCCGUGUAAUUGCAGUGAGUGUAGCCUUGGCCAGCAGUCAGUGAUUGUGAAGAUGGUUCGUACUGAUUUGUUCCUCAGUGCUGAUGGGCAAAAAUGUGAGAAGUUUUUCUUGCUGAAUUGAAAACACUUCUGAAGAUUUAGUCCUUUCAGAAUACAAUGUUUCGUUUCUAGUUUGUAGAAAGUGCUCUCAACUGCAAAAGUGUUUUGAGGAUUACCUCUGUCCAUAUCUGGUAAAUGGAAGCAUACAUUAUCUCCAACUUCUGCUGGUCUGAAAUUUGCAUCUGAAUUUGUUAAUGUAAUAGCAAGUUGAGUUUGCCAAGUAGCAUAAGCUGCUGAUCAUCUGCUGACAUUAUCUGUUUCCUCCCUACUCUUUGUCUGCUUCAUAUUUACUCCUAAAAUCAUAAGGAUGGGUUGGACUACAUUCUUUUUUAUCUACUACAUAAAAUCUGUUGUCUUAGAACUUAUUGAUUUCAUUCUUUUAUAUAUUUACCCUCUUCAUAGUGGGAGCUAUCAUAUAUAGUAAUCAUCCGUAUUUGACUGUAUCUGGAAACUAACAAGUGUGUGAUUUUUUUAUUUUUGAAAGCCUUAUGGUCAUUUUGUCUUUUGGUCUAUGUUGGCAUGCAUAUAUAGAAUGUUAUACAAUCUCGAGCCAAACAAUACAUUACUCAAUGAAACCGCAGAUUUAAACAUCAUCAUACCAUAGCCUACAUCAGAUAUUGGCCUGGGUGUUCUUGCACUGGUCAGCCAAAGUGUUCAUUGGCGGGCCAGUUGGUGCACUAGCUGGCCAAUGAACAAAAUAUUCUGUCAAUUGUAAAGCUGUUUGGACAUUGGCCAAGCGAGCACAAACUGGUCAGCUAAAUUGUUUGUUGCACUUUUAGCUUUAACCAUAACACGCACAAACACACACAAACCUGCACAUC